AUGUCGUCUGCGAACCGUGGUGUCGACAGCAGCCGAAAUCGUCGCAAGCGCUCCAGGGAACCAGAAGAUGAAGACCUUCCAGGCGGUGCUGCACCUUCUAGUCCACCUGGAGACUUCAGAUCUUCCCCGCCAGCACCAAUUCGACACGGCGUCGAAGAUGAGGAUGAUGACGAGAUAGAAGAUGAUGUUGAGAUAGCCCUCGAUAUUGAUGAUGCAGACGAGAUGGCCGAAGAUGAGGAUGGAAUUGAUCUUUUCGCUGGAAACUACGAACGAGAUUACAAUGCCCGGGACGAUAGAAACUACGAAGGUGCGGACAUUGAUGACGAGGGGGACUAUGAAGAGCUAGAUGUCGCUGCAAGAAGACAACUCGAAGCUAGAUUGAAUCACCGAGAUCGAGAACUUGCUAGACAGCGUCGCAUGCCAGCUGCUUUCUUGCAGGAUGAGGAUGAGGAUGGAGACCUGGAUUUAAUGAAUCAACCAAGACGCAGACGCCAUCAUUAUGACGAAGAUGAGGAUGAAGAUAUGCAAGAGGAUAUUAUGGAAGAGGAAUUAUCCUUGGAGACUUUACAAGAUGUUAAGUCAUCAAGUUUGGUUGAGUGGAUUGCUACACCAUCUGUCCAAAGAACUAUUAGGAGAGAGUUCAAAGCUUUCCUUACGGAAUACACCGACGAUCAUGGAGUUUCUGUUUAUGGUAGUCGCAUCAAGACUCUCGGAGAGGUCAACGCAGAGUCGCUGGAAGUCUCUUAUGAUCAUUUGUCCGCCUCAAAAGCUAUUCUCGCCUAUUUCUUGGCCAACGCUCCAGGUGAAAUGCUUCAGUUGUUUGACGAAGUUGCUAUGGAGGUUACCCUACUGCAUUAUAACGAUUACCAGCAAAUUCAUUCCGAAAUUCAUGUCCGCAUUACUGACUUACCUGUUCAUUAUACCCUACGUCAACUACGUCAAACACAUUUGAACUGCCUGGUUAGAGUCAGUGGUGUGGUUACUCGUCGAAGUGGUGUAUUUCCACAGCUAAAAUAUGUCAUGUUUGAUUGUUCUAAAUGUCACACGAGACUCGGUCCUUUCCAACAGGAGUCUAAUGUGGAAGUUAAGAUUUCAUUCUGCGCGAAUUGCCAAUCUCGUGGUCCUUUCAACCUCAACUCUGAAAAGACUGUCUACCGCAAUUACCAAAAGUUGACUCUCCAAGAAUCACCGGGAACUGUUCCCGCCGGUCGUCUGCCCCGCCACCGCGAAGUUAUUCUUCUUUGGGAUUUAAUCGAUAAAGCUAAGCCUGGUGAAGAGAUUGAAGUAACGGGUGUUUACCGCAAUAACUACGAUGCUCAGUUAAAUAACCGAAAUGGUUUCCCGGUAUUUGCAACAAUCUUAGAGGCUAACAACGUUGUUAAAUCUCACGAUCAGCUUGCUGGUUUUAGACUCACGGAGGAAGAUGAACAUGAGAUUCGCGCGCUCUCGCGUGAUCCUCAAAUUGUCGACAAAAUUAUCAACUCGAUUGCACCAAGUAUUUACGGCCAUACCGAUAUCAAAACAGCUGUGGCUCUGUCACUUAUGGGUGGAGUCGCAAAAGUCGCUCAAGGAAAGCAUCAUAUUCGUGGUGAUAUCAAUGUACUCCUUCUGGGAGAUCCAGGAACAGCGAAAUCACAAGUUCUCAAGUAUGUCGAGAAGACUGCUCACAGAGCUGUGUUUGCCACAGGUCAAGGAGCUAGUGCUGUUGGUCUUACAGCUAGUGUACGCAAAGAUCCUCUUACUAGCGAGUGGACUUUGGAAGGUGGUGCUUUAGUCCUUGCAGACAGAGGCACAUGUCUUAUUGAUGAGUUCGAUAAAAUGAACGAUCAGGAUAGAACAUCUAUUCAUGAAGCUAUGGAACAACAAACUAUCUCUAUUUCCAAAGCCGGUAUUGUCACAACACUUCAAGCUCGUUGUGGUAUCAUUGCUGCCGCAAAUCCAAUUGGUGGUCGCUAUAAUUCAACUAUCCCCUUCUCGCAAAAUGUCGAGCUCACUGAACCAAUUUUGUCUCGUUUUGACAUUCUUUGCGUUGUUCGUGAUACUGUGGAUCCAGCUGAAGAUGAACGGCUUGCCAGAUUUGUUGUGGGGUCUCAUGGGCGUUCUCAUCCAGGGAGCCAGCCUACGGAUGAAAACCAAGCUUCUAUGGAAACAGAGCAUGACGCUGAAAUGCGAGAUAGCGCUAUUAAUGGCGGUGAGCCCAAGCAAGAAGGUGAAAUCAAGCAAGAAUUGCUUCGGAAGUACAUUCUUUAUGCUAGAGAAAGAUGUAGUCCAAAGCUAUACAAUAUUGAUGAGGAGAAAGUGUCGAAGCUUUUCGCAGAUAUGAGAAGAGAAUCAUUAGCAACCGGAGCAUAUCCUAUUACUGUUCGUCAUCUCGAAGCUAUCAUGCGUAUCAGUGAAGCAUUCUGUCGAAUGCGACUUUCUGAAUAUGUCUCCGCGCAAGAUAUUGAUCGAGCUAUUGCUGUCACGAUUGAUUCUUUCGUUGGUAGUCAGAAGGUCAGCUGCAAAAAAGCACUUGCUCGUGCUUUCGCAAAGUACACCCUUGCAAGACCUGGUGGUGGAAGGAGGAAUAGAAAUUCAGAGAGAGGGCAGAGGGCGGCCACUGCUGCGAUGGCUUAA